CGCAACCAGCAACCAGUCGCCACUCAAUGGUCGGCUCGCAUGGUCGCUUCGUCACGCUCGACGUCACUAUCUUGUAAAGGAAUCGGCGUGCAACUCAAAAAUGUCGUAAGAGAUUGCACGGCUGUACUUACUCAACUAGUGAACACAAGGUUUACCAUCAAAGAUGGAGAAAGAAAACGUCAAUCCAGAUGUGAUCGUGAAGCCUAACUACAUGCUGAUGUCCUUGCAGAGGAUACUCGUGUUGUUUGUUAUAUUGGCCGGUGUAAUUGUUGUUGUUUAUUAUACGCCGAUGCCAGAGGAAUAUUUUGAAAAUUGUGAUCGUGAAUGCCAUGAAUUGGAUUGGCCGAUGAUAUGUCGUGUGAAACUAGUCAUAGAAGUUUAUAAAACGUACAGCAAAUCUUGUAAUAACUGUGCCGAUGGUGCAGAUUGUCCGCCGAUGUGCAUAACAGCCGAUGGUCGAGAACGCGGCGUAUUGGCCGCCAACAGAGAGCUACCAGCCCCAUCCUUCCACGUCUGUCAGAACGAUAUCCUCGUAGUAGAUGUCGUACAUCGAGCUCCAGCACAUGCCCUUUCAAUACAUUGGCGCGGUCAACCACAGAAGGAAACUCCUUUCAUGGAUGGUGCACCAAUGUUGACUCAGUGCCCGCAGCCCGCUUAUACAACGUUCCAGUAUAAGUUCAGAGCAUCAGCUGUGGGCACGCAUAUGUAUCAUGCACAUUCUGCAGCAGAUGCGGCAGACGGGCUAGCCGGUGCGUUUAUUGUACGUCAAUCGCCUCGACUAGAUCCGUUAAGGAAACUUUAUGAUGUUGACGCUACUGAACAUACGAUCUUUGUAGCCGAAUGGGGUCAUUCCAUGGGACCGCUAGCUGGAGUAACACCCAACGCACCAAAUGCUGAGUCAUUACUAAUUAACGGAAAGGGAAGAUCAUCCGAAUAUUCGAAUGCUCCUAUAACAACGUUUGUAGUUGAAAAUGGGAAGAGAUAUAGAUUCCGUCUAAUGUAUGGUGGAGGAUCCAAAAGUUGCCCCAUCAAAUUUUCUGUUGAUGAUCAUGUUCUUAAAAUUAUUGCUUUAGAUGGUUCUAGUAUACAACCUAUGGAUGUCGACGCUAUAACAUUUGCUCGAGGAGAAAGAGUUGAUUUUGUUCUAGAUGCUAAUAAAGCUUGCGGAGUAUACAAAAUAAGAGUAGUAGCUGAGAAGUCUUGUCAGGAGAAUCUUGAAGGUGUGGCAGAGGUAGUGUAUAAGACUUUGGAUAGUAAAAACCUACAAAAAACUAAUGAAAACGUUAAUUUGCCAGUGAAUCGUGAACUAACAACAGUGAGUAGUGACAGAUGUGCCAGUGACAAAGUGUUGUGUCUGAAUGAAAUACAUUCUGCGGACAAGAUUCCGGCCAAGCUCGCCGCGGCCAUAGAUGAAGUUAUUUAUGUGCCUUUCAACUAUUCCACAAGACAAAUAUCAGCUAAACGAGUCGAGAGUUGGGGUCAGACUGACGGCUUCCGUUUCACGUACCCAGCGUCUCCCCUACUGACGCAGGGUAGUGACGUGAGUUCUGAAGCGAUCUGCGCCCGAGGCACCAACGACGACGAAUGUGUUCACGUUAAGAACAUCCCUUUGAGGUCUACUGUUGAGUUGGUUAUGUUUGAUCAAGGUGGUGAAUCAGAUCACAUAUUCCAUCUCCAUGGCUACAAUUUCUAUGUGGUUGGUAUACGCGAGUUUAAUACCAGCAUUGAAAAGCAUCAAAUCAAAGAAAUGCACGAGAAAGGAACAUUAUUUACUUCAACAAACUUAAUAGAUCCUGUCAUUAGAGAUACUAUUGUUAUACCCAAAUUCGGUGUCGUGGCGUUACGAUUCGAAGCUGAUAAUCCUGGGUACUGGAUGAUGAGGGAUGAAAGAUCAGCUCAUUGGACUAGAGGACUUGACUUCGUAUUAAAAGUGGGCGAACAAAGUGAUUUCGUUCAAGCACCUCCAGAUUUUCCCAAGUGUGGUUCCUACGUCGGCCCGGAAUACUUUUUAAUUUAAACAUAAACCAUACUAAGGAUAAUAAAAUUAGUUACCAGCGUUCUUUACUUAAUUAGAUUAUUUGUAUAU